GAUCUCGUCCUGCCUGCCGUUCAAAGGCAUCUCGCGAUGCAGAAGGAAGAUGUGAAAUGCUGUCAAAGGAGAUACAAAAGAUGUUUGGAUUCAAAUACAACAAAUUUAAAUACUGUCAAUGAAACUUCCCCAACAGAAAGACAAAAGAGCUCUUGGCAAGUAAAGCUUCCUACUUGACCCAUUGAACAUUUGUGAAGAUCAAAAGAAAGAAAGAAACAGAUAGAAAUCAGUUGUUAGAGUGACCAAACGUGAUUAUCUUUUUUUUAGUUCAUGUAGCCGACCCCGAGUUACUUCAUUAAACUUUUUGUUUAAUU